AUGGCUGAAGAUCAGGGACGGUGGGUGCUCACACGGGACAUUGGCUUCAUCAACUCAAGGUACACGGAUCUGGUGUACUGGGUGCGGGCGGACGACAGAAAGCUCCAGGCUGAAGAGGUCAUCCAGGCCUUUAAGCUAGAUCUGGCCAGGCAGAGCCUCCUAUCCAGGUGUGCCAAGUGUAAUGGCAGCUUCCUGCCAGAUCCAGUGGGUCCAGCAGACGUCGAGUCGCUGCAAGUUCCGGAGGGUGUGCUCCUCCGGCAGAAGGAGUUUUGGGUGUGCGCCAAGUGCAGGAGCGUCUACUGGAAGGGAUCGCAGUAUGAGGCUGCCAUCUCACGGCUGACCCAGAUGACGACGCGUCUCAGUCUCAAUUCUUGCUGA